GCUAGAAAUGUGCAACAACUGCACGAAGCGGGCUGAUCAAAUAUAAUCUCAAUGAAAGUGGAUCAUUGCCUGUGACUAUGCUUCGACUACAUAGCUCACUAUCUUGCCAUCACAUUUACCUGUUCUCAAAGAACCUUGAGGGCUAAAUAAUGCUGCUGCUAGCAGAAGCCGGACGCUCUCUGAACAAGGAUUUGACGAGCCUCUUCAAACACAACCUUCAUACACCACGAGUUCUUGAACGGCUUGUGCACGAACUUCACAGCGACAAAGAGCUAUGUAGUUAUUUAUUUCUUAAUCAUCCCGGCUCGGAGGACAUGCUAUGGGGUCUCAUGAAUCUUCUAACAGAAGAUUCCCGGUGAGUUUAUCAUUACAGCUUUUGUUUAUGUCUAUACAUCAUGAUCAGACAGCUGCCACCCAGGCAAUUUAUACGGUUGUAAAAUUGUCAAGUUAUAAGCUUAUCGUUUCCAAACAAUCGCAGGACAAAACUCGAGGAAAAAAGCGGCGUGUUGCGAAGGUGAUGUUAAUGAAAAGAUAAGUUAGCCUUUGUUGUUGCCGUGUUUUUGUUUUGAAUACGAGAAGAAAACAGCUGCGUUAAGUUGUAGGGAAGGUGACAAAUUGUUCUUUUGUUCACUCUCCGAUCCAGGAUACUCGUUUAUAACGUCAUGGAAAAUCAAUUUGUCCGACUAGGCGGUAAAAAGAGGACAUUUCUUCGCAGGAAGUAUGCUAACCAUUUGCUUCGUUUAAAUUAACUUUAAGCUUAAACAAAUAACUUUUCGAGGUAAGGAAAUUAAUGGCAAGACCGAAAUGUAUCACAAUGAGGUCGUUUUAAGCUUUUUACAAAUAUGAUAAUUAAGGAAAUGAGAUUGUCAGCCAAAACCGGCUAUAUUACUCCAAAUAUUGUCCGGCCAUUUAUAACGACUCUUUUUCCUGUGUCAUCCCAAACCUGUUAACUUGAGCUCAGGCUUAAUUUUUUCGUAUUAUCUGUGAAAUUUUUCUUGCAGAGGCUAAGACGUCAUUGUAUUUACUUUUCCUAAUCCAAUAUUUCCGCAAGCUGUAGGGGGAAUGCAUUUUAAGCUUACAUUUGCACAACUAGAUUUACAUGUCUAGAUACCGUCAGUGUGUGAGGAAGCAAUUAUCGCUUUGGAGCGUUUUAGCAAAGUUUGUUGUCAUUUCUUGAGUUGUCUCGUCUUAGCUAAAAGGUUUUUCUUUCAUUUAUGUUAAGAGGUGAUAAUUAUUGUUGUCAUAAACACCUUGGUUGUAAUAAGCGUAACCCAUUAGGAUUUGAACAUUUAAGUGACUCUUAAAAUGAAAUGGAAUAACAUUUAGGGAAUGAGGGAUUCAGGAAAUCAAGUAUAUCUUUUAAGAGCACAGUUUUCAAGAAUUUUUUCUUUUGUUUUUUCUUUUUGUGAAUAAUAAUAAUAAUUGAAAGUCAUAUUCAUUUGUCUGCUUGAUUUUUAUACCUCUAUCUUUACAAACUAAUAGUAACAUCUCACAAUGACAAAUCUUAGUUGAGAGGAAGCUUUUAUGUGUUAAUAUUCACUUUAGCUUUUGUUUUGUUAAUCAUUAUUUUUUUCUUUGAGUUUUGGUUCUAUGAUAACAAUAUAUUUAUGUUUGUCACAGAAUCAAAAUUUGGCCAGUUUUCCUAUAUGUAAUGGGCUUUAUGGUAACAGGACUGAUUGGAGUCCAAUUUGGUCUGUAAUCAUACGAGUGAUCAACAAAAUCGUACGACCGCAUCAUGGGAGUUCGAUUUGUUUAAUCACAAGUAUGAUUACAGACCGAAUUGGAUGACACAAAGUUCUGUUAGAAAUUAAUCAUAACUUUAACAAACUGUCACUGUGAUAUGCACGGAUAUGCAUGUUAGAAAUUAAUCAUAACUUUAACAAACUGUCACUGUGAUAUGCAAACAGAAGUUAUUUAUGCACGCGUUCUUUUAAAAUCAAAACGUGUACUGUCAUAUUAAACUUCCAAGAUUUUCUUAUACUAGCAAUGAAAAAUUUCUGCAAUUUGAUUGGCUUAGAGCAGUGGUAUUUCAGCUUAAUUUGAAAUACCUACAUGUGACAAAAAAUAGCAUGAUUUAUGCGUGAUUCAAUUAUAUUAGGCAUGACGUGUACUGUCGUUACGAUAACAAAAUAUCACUUCCUAUUAAGGCUGAAAUCAGGGCAGUUGAUAACCAAUCAGAUUUGAGCAUUUUGUUAUAGUUUUGAGUAAGAACAUAACUGAUGAUAUACUUUGGUGAACAUCUCAUUACAAUGAUCAGGCAUCCUUCAGGUCAAAUUGCAUUUUGAAAUUUCAGCCAAAUAUCACUACAAAUCAUGCUAUUACCUAUACAUAUACUUUGGUGAACAUCUCAUUACAAUGAUCAGGCAUCCUUCAGGUCAGCAUUGAUCAGCCUUCGAACUACUGGGCCCAGUAGUGCAACACUCCAAGUGGUAACCCAGAUGUUUUUGUGGGUUUGGUGCAUUUUAAUUUAGGACUUCAACUUUUCCACUUUUCAAGUAAAAUAACUUGACACUUGAGGAUUACCUUUUGAAAGAGUUUUACAAUGAGUUAUUUUAAUGAUGUUUCAGCACUGCUGGGAAUGCAUCCUAUGUCAUUGGCACACUAGCAGAGACAGAUUUGGGUAAGAGAAGGAUUGUACAAAUAUGCACAGACAAAGGUGAUCAAGCCAAGAAAAUCUUACCAGCGCUGACCAAUAUGCUGGAUAUGGUUGACACAGAAACUGUCAUGAAUGCUGCAGGGACCAUGGGUACCUUGGUAGGAUUAGAAUUCAUUCACUCUUAUAUUUUAUGGCAAGAUUAUAUUUUUUGUAAUUCUUUAUUUAAAAUCUUUGGACCAAAUUAUGAUGUGUUAGUAUUAAAAUGAACCAUUGUGGUCGAAAUUUUGCUUAGUAUAAAUAUUUACAAAUACUGAUCAAAAGUUAAAAUUACCAAAUCAAUAGUUGUGUGGAUAGGAUCAUUGAGAGUAUAAACUAAAAUUCCUAAAACUUAAGAAACAUUUAUUGUUAUAUCUUUGAACAAGGCUGAAGAUGGUGAGUGUCGACUAUGGAUGCUGAAAGAAGACUGUUUAGAUGAGGCCAUUGUAAAGCUUACGUAUCUGCUCUCUUCUAAAGAUAUGUGUACAGCAAGCAAUGCUGCUUUGGUUUUAGCCAGGUAUUUUGCAAUUUUUAUACUUAUUAGGUUAUAACACUGAAUAUUAGACAGAGAAAAAGGUGGUCAACAGAAACAAAAAAAUUCUUAUAUAGCUACCAAUGCAACAGAUCAUAGUUUUUUCUUUUCAUAAAAGUGUACUUUAGUAAUGUGUUAGAUUUUGAUUUUUUGGUGAGAUACCGAUCAGAAAAUAGUUUUGACUAUAUGUAGGUUCAAAAGGCAUUUGGGGCAAAUUUCCAGUGGUGAAUGGGUUAAUAGGUAACAUUUUUCAUGUAGGUGUUUGUAGCAUUAAGUAAUGUUGCAUUAACACAGUAAGAUUGUUUUCUGCCUUUUUUAUCAUUCUCCUAUUGUUGUGUCUGGUGUUAGUGGACAAAACUCUGAGCCCCCAGUCCAAGGAAUACCCCCAUGGACUACCCUAAAAUGGAAUACACCACUGAAGUUUAGAGAUUAGGGUGAGGAAACUGAGUGAAUCAAGUUUUAGGUCAGUUUUCCCAACAUAGUGACCCUAAAUGGAACCUGAUUCACUCAGUUUCCUAACCCUAAUCACUAAACUUCAGCAUUGUAGUUCAGUUUAAGGUAGUCCAUAUGGGUAGCUAUAGUCCAUAGGGGUAGUCCAUGCAUGGACUGCGGGUCAGUGUUUUUUCCACCACCAACUGGUAUUAGUGUGAUGUACAGUUAGAGCAAAAUACAAAAUAAAGUUAAUGUAGUAAGACUUACCCGAGUGUAAGAACCACUGCUAACUCCUACAUCACAAUAAUAAAAUUAUAGUCUGCUGUCUGUUCAUGCUUCCAGGAUCCCAGUCAUGUAGUGAAAUAGAUGUACCAUUAUUUUAAUGGGAUUAAUGGGAUUUCUUUUUAUAAUUUUAUACAUCACAGGCUUACAAUCGCUGAAGAAGGAUGUGCUAGAAUUUUAAACCAUCGAAGUUCCAGUCAUAUACUGGUGCAACUGACAAGAGCAUUAGGCAAUGAUGAGACAGGUACAGCACAAUAAUUAGGCAAUGAAGCUACUGUGGGUAUUUUUAAAGCUUUUUUGUGUGUUCUCGAAAAAUUCAUUUCUUAAUUUUUACGCUCACAAUAAUAUAUUGUCAAUUUUUUGAUUAUCCUCUCUUUCAGUUAACAAUAUUAUUGUGAUAUAUCUGAUGCCAAAAGGGAGUAAAAUCAAACUGGAUAUUUUCAUUAGUUUUGAAAAAUGACCAGUGAUUUUGAAUUCUUAACAUAAUCAUUUUGCUGAAGAUUUCAUACACUAUUGCUCUGUUAUUAACCUUGUUAAAUUACAACAGGACGGGGCAUGAAUGCAGCAUUUGCCAUUGGAAGACUGUGUGAUUUUGAAGCUGGCUGUAAGAGAAUGUUAUUUCUAAAAACAUCUGAAUUGAUGGUAAAUACUUGUUAUCAAUGAAUGUUUUUGUAUCUUGACCUUGUUAAGCAACUUACUUUGCUGGUUAGCAGCAUUACUUGUUUGAUGCGGUUCUUUCCAGUGCAAAGAACACCUUAAAAUCACUAGCUGGUAAAACCUGUAACUAGUUCUUGUCAAAAGUGGAAAAACCUUACUAGAAGGGUCUAUUUUAACAAGAAGACUAGAAGGGACCCCCUGUGCACUUAUUCUUACUAAGCUAGCUCCAGAAGCCAUGUGAGUAUCAUGCUUCUAAGAGGGGAGAGAGCGGAAUUUGGGAGAACUCAACCCAUUUUUGAGCACAGUCCUGAGAGCUGCUGGGAGUUUGAAACUGUAAUCCUGUAUCAUUAAAAGUAACAAUUGCAAAAUAUCUGGUCAUGUGGAGGAUAACGGCCUCUAUUGCAGAACCUUGUUUACGAUAAAGGACAUUAUUCUUUCUCUCAUUGUCCCUUGUAACUGGCUAAAUAAAUGUAUCAGUCUUCAGAUUCAACUAUACCCUGUAGGAUGGGUUCAGACAGACUCAAUUGAAUUAUAUACCCUGUCCAUGGUAGAGGGUCCAACAACCAUACCCAUUAUAAUGGCAUAUGUCCCAUAUAGGCUAUGAAUUGUGAGACUCCCCACACCACCCCUCUCCAAGACUUCUGACUGCCCAGAAACAUAGUUUUUUAUGAAUAAUCAGCAAAGUUGAGGAACUGCUAGGUCAUUAGUGUUUUCUGUCAGUUAGAUUUAAAUCUUUGAAGGACUGAUCAUGAAUUUUGUAAUAUAUUUUUUUGACAGAUCAACUCACUUAUUGAUAUGUUACAUGCUAGUGAUUCUGGCUGUUGCAAGAAUGCUUGCUUUGCCCUCAGCUGCAUAGCAUCCUUAGUUCAAGGUCAUCAGCGACUUCUGGAACAUAUUCGAAUUAACAGUGUUGUAGAAAUGCUGUGUUCAUUGUUAGCUUGCAAGGAUGAAGAAAGCAUAUGGUUUGCAUCAAUGUGAGUAAAUUAAUAUCUCUUAUUUCAAUACCUUUAUUUUUCCUUCACCACCUGCUGACAGGACAGAACAAGAGUUGGCUGUAGUUUUAAGACUAAAUUGUUAUAAUGCACUCAUACGGUUUCAAGUUAUAAUUUUCAAUUAAUUGGCUCUCUUAAUUUGUAGGAUGUUACAUACUCUUGCUUCACAGAAAAGGGGUUGUUUGUAUCUUAGGACUCAGCAUAAUGUUAAAAAUUCAUUAGAGGUAAGUUAAUACUGGGUGUGGUCGUCAGUUCACUUGUGUGAUAACAUUACUCAGGGUUUCAGUACUGUACAACUUUAUUUUGAAAUUCACGCAUCAAUAUCGCACCCUAUUCUUCACUUCCGCAUCAGUUUACAGAGAGAGAUUUGCUGCAAAAGAAAACCAAAUUUUGACAUGAAAAAUCACUCGGUAUUGAAAAUCACGAAACACAUGUACAUACGCUAGUGUGGAAUGUUUGUCUCACCUCCAUGUGCUCAGUACAGCGUUUUCCUGGUGGCCACUCUCUUCAUUUAGCCUUUUGAUCAUUCUUUUACCCCCAUACCAUCCCUCCCCCUGCCUAUAUUCUUCCACUGAUAAAUCAGUGUUACAGCUGCUUAAUCAGGCUGUGAGGAUUGCACCUACCACUCAUGAAUUAAUUCAGGCAAACAUUGAUCAUUUUUUUGGGUACAUGCUGUAGGUACUUUUACAGAGACCACAUCUUAAAGAGGAUACAAAAGAAGAGGCUAAGGCUACUGCAGCUAUACUGGAAAAAUUGCUAAAACCAAAACCACCUAAUAUUAAAGGUACUGGUAUAAUGGUAUAAUGAAAUCAUUUUUAUUUUCAUGGUUUGAAUUACAACUCUCUAGAAAAUAUCCGCACAAGUUCCGCCAUGAAGGGUUUCUUGGUUUGAAUGUCCUAGAGUUCUUGAAAUUUUAGUGUAGUUUUAUAUAUUUGUUCUUUAUUCCCCUCUCCUCUUACACAAUUAAGUAACUAAUUUCUUGUUUGCAUUUGCUCGCCGUUGCUAACUGGGUAAGUUUAAUACUUAAUACAGUCUACAGGUCAAACCUUGUCAAUAUGGAUACAUUGAGUGGCUGUAGAAAGUGUUUGUAUUAACGGGGUGUCAGUAUUUAACCUGGUUGAAUUUAGAGAAAAUGUGAGAGCUUUCUUUCCCCGGAUACAAAGCAAACUGCCCGUAAUAAUGAGGUGUCCGUAAAGCGGGGUUUGAUGUACCUGUUCUUGCGAAUCUCCACUGGCUCCCGAUUGAUCUUUGGAUUGAAUUUAAAAUACUUACUGUUACUUACAAGAUUCUCCAUGGACUUGCUCCUGUUAUAUUAAAGAUCUUUUUCAAAGUUACCUUGAAUUUAAAAAAAUAACUUAACUGUUUUAACAUAAACAGUUAGGCCGUGGGGUUGAAAUCCAACAGUCUUCGGGGAAUUGAAAAUUUUUAAAAGACAGUUGAAAACUGUUCUUCGAGAUUCAGUAUGAGUUUGCAGGAGUUUAUUGUGAAUUUUACUGUUUUUAUUUUUUUUUCACUUGUAAAUAGUGCCUAGAUUGAAUUAUCAGGGUUCUUCUGUAACAGCUUAUUCUUGUCAACUUUUUUAAUCUUUUAAAAAAUAAUAUGAUUAAUAUAAUAAUUUUUAUUUCAAUAAUAUUUGCUUUUUAAUUUUGUUUAGUUGAGAGCUAUGAAAUGACAUUAUUGUAUUAUUUUAGUAAUCAAUUAAGGGGAAUUUACUUGAAGUGCUAUUCAUCCAAAGAGUGGACUUGAUGUAACAUAUCUGCUUUUAUCCUACGUUAAAUUAUCGUGGUUCUUCUGUACUUGUAUUUUAAUCUUUUAAAAACAAUAAUAUUUGGUUUUAAUUUUGUAUAGUCUUAUUGUAUCAACCUUUAUUCAUCCAAAGACCUUGAUGUAACAUAUCAUUUUCAGUGGAUAAAACCUGAAUGUUUUAAUGUUUUUAGAUCCUCUAAAUCGGGUCUUGAAAAAAAUUUGAAUUCCAGCUUGACCUUUAAGCAAGAAUAGAAGGUUUCACAUUUUUCUUGCCUAGAGCCACUUAUUGCUCCUUUUAAAUAGUUAUUAAUAAUGAUUUUGUUAGAGGAUGAGUUGUUUCGACCUUUCCCGAUGGGGCAAGUAAGCUUUAAAAGUUACUUGCCCAGCAAGAAAAUCCACCUGUUCCGGAUUACUGGACAGAACUUUUUUCAAGCCCUGCCUAAAACUAAAUAACUUUGUUAUUGAAGUAGUAGUGGUGCUAUUCUAGGUAAUGGUAUGAUUUAGGCUCCUGGUCCUAGUUGUUCAAAAGCUGGAUAGUACUAUCCUCUGGAUAAAUCACUAUCCAGCAGACAAGUAUUUGGAAUUUAAGCAAAAAAUUGCAUUAUCCACGGGAGAGAGAUAUAUUCAUUCAGCUGAUAUACUAUAGUGCUAUCCACCUUUUGAACAACUAGGCCUGUAUGCUAGCUGAGUAUUAUUUUUGAUGUGAUUUGUUUUAUACUGACAAGGCUUUCACUCCUAAGAGUGGUCUGUGUAUAAAACUCAAGAAAAAAACCUGCUUGCGUAUUCAUUAUUUUUUUGUAUUAAAAUUUCACAGAUGGAGUAACAGUGUACUCAGGGUCUAGAACCAGUUACAUAGCAAAUGAUCUCACACCAGUCACAAGAUAUAGCUUCUAUCUUCAAGCUUCUACAGAGGGUGAUGACAGUCCUUUUAGCAAUGUUGUAUCUGUUGUUACUCCAGAAUCAGGUACGUUUUGUGAUCAGUAGGGUACACUUUCGUCUUAUGGAAACCAUAACGUGCUCUAGAUAUCUUAAUAGCACCUAUAGCACAGCUCUUUAGAAUAAUUGCCAAAGUAUCCUGGCCACUUUCUGAAGAUGUCUGGUGGUACUUACAGAAUAGACAAAUAUGCAUGUAAAGCAGACCAUAGGCAUAGCACAUGCCUUACAAUUUCAUUGGUAAAUGUUUGUUUUUGGAAGAAAUUGGAACUUUUUUUCUGGUGGCCCAAAGAAGAAUAGCAUUUGCAUUUGGUGGUUAUAGAUAAGAGUAAGAGGUUCUCUUUUGUUACAAGGGACUCAUGGGAUUUCUUCUUAGUCCUACAAUAAUGUAAACUGCUGCUUAUAAUUUUGCAUACAUUUUUAAGAAUUUGUGUUAUCUGUCUUCUCUGAUGAGAUGCUACAUGUGUUCUUAAAGUGAAAUGCCAAAGUUUUCUGUUUUUCGUCCGCUAGCACGAAGAAUAAAACAAAUGUCAACCUACAUGUACUCUGUACAGUAGCAGACGCAGAAAAAAAAAGGGGACAGUAGACUUGCCUGCUAUAUAAGUGCUCUUUAUCAUCGCCGAGGAAAUUUGAAAGCAUCCAUCAGGGCUGGAAAAAAGUCUCAUACCAUAGUCUUGGACAAGUAGAAUUUCUUGCUGGGGAAGUAACUUUUAAAACAUAAUUACCCAAUGUGCAAGGGUCCAAGCAUUAGUGGCCCCGGCCAGGAAAGCAAAAUGUGAGAGCUUCUUACCCAAAGGACAAGCUGAAUUUCAAGUUUUUUUCUAGCCCUGAUCCAUGUCCAAAAGUGAUGGGUCUAGAAUCCUCUUAUGAGUAAGCCUAACUGUAAGUUACGUUUAUUGUAACCUCCUUUUAACUCUUUGUUUUUAAUUAGUUCCUAGUGCACCCCAGUGCCUCAGAGUCUUAAGCAAAUCAACAUCUCAGAUAAAGAUAAUUUGGGAACCACCAGCUACAUCCAAUGGAGUGCUGAGAGGAUAUCAGAUUGUUGCAAGAGGUGCAGUGAUGUUAAUAAAGUUUCAGACACAUAUUCAUUGGGUGAACCCGUCUGAAAGGGUUACAGUAAUCAGUAACAUUGCUUGCAUGUGUCUUCAAUAUUUAAGAUCAUGCCCGUGAAUAUUAUUUGCGUGAGGCAGAGUUAACCAGGUAUUUACAAGCUUCUUCCUGAAAGAAAUACAUCAUUGUUAUUUAUAUCAGGGAUUUGAGUCUGAGUGGCGUUUUUUGUUCUCUGUAGGUAAGACAUCCAGCCUUGAAGUUCAUGAGAAUUACUUUAUUUUAUCCAGUGUGCCUCCUGAUACAGAAUGUACUUUUCAGGUUAGUUUAAACUGUCUAGUAUGGUUAAUUAAGCAGUAGGCUAAAGUUCUAUUGAGUAUGGAAGGAGCAAGCCUACUGCAGUGGUGAGAGAACUCAUGCAUGAAGUGGUGCAGGUAUGAAUCUGAGAGAUGAUGCCAUAUGUGGGUUGAGUUUGGGCUUUCUCCUUUGCUCCAAGAGAGUGUUCUUAACAUACUUCAGUUUUUCCCUCCCCUAGAAAACCAACUUGGUGGUCGACGGAUAUUGAAAGAACAUACGGAAAUAAUACCUUACAAGUCACAAAAUAAUAGUUGCCUAUUAUCAACUCAGACACUGAGAAAGGACAAAUGCAGUAUACAUUUUUAUUAUCUUCAUAGGUGUUUGCUAUGACAAGUAAGGGCCGUGGAGAACCAGCAGUGGUAACUGCAAGUACAGAUGACUUAGGUUAGUGAGUAUAACCACCAAGCAUUUACUGAGGACAAGUCUGGCACUUACUAAACAAUAAUAAUUAUGGUGGAAGCAAUAAAAUACCAAAAAAGCCAAACAAGGAGCACAGAUAAAAAAAUGCAUUGCACUUAGGUAAACUUGAAAAAGAGUGGCCUGCAUUUUCAAAUUUGUCUCAAAUCGAGUAUCUUGUGUGAAAGUGUGACUUACAAUGCUCUGGAAUCAACUAUAUUGUUUGCUCGGGAUUUUAUCCAUUAAUUAAAGUUGUUUCUUUCACCAGCAUAUUAGUCUAAGUCACUAAAGUUACCGUAACUUAAUAAUCUUCUUCUCCUUGAUGUCCUGACUCCAGCAUCGCGUAUACACAAUCAUAAUACAAGAUUUGUCAGUAAUCUGAAUUAUUUUAGGCCAAGAGUAUCCACCAACUUAUAGGUAAGACGUCCUUUAAAUUCUCCGCUCCAAAAAUCUGGGAGACUGUACUGCCUGGUUUCAAGUGUCUGCCGUAUCAUAAGUUUAAGAAAGAAUGGAAGUCCUAUCUUCUAACCAACCAAAUCUGACCUUGCUUAUAUAUUCUAUCACUGAUAUUAUCUGAGAUUUUAUUUCCUCUCUUUACUGCUGCUGAUUAUCUGAACAUGACUGUGUCCAACGAGAAAGCUCUUGCUACUUUGGACAUUGUACACAAAUGAACUUAAUGUCUUUUAGUUAAUCAUUAGUUAUCAGCUACUUUAUAUUCCUACCUAUGUACACUUGUGUAAAUAUCUUAUAUAGUGAGAAAUAUAGAAUUAAAUUGAAUUGAAUUGAACUUUGCAUUAUUUAUUUCUUCAUUCAAUUGUUCCAAUAAAUUAUAUGAAAUUUAUAUAUUUAUCAUUUCAUCCCCACCUUUCCCGGGUAUACUACCCAGCGAUUCAAUGACCAGCUCCCACUUGGCUUGUUAGCUCAAUUGGGUAGAGAGCUACCAACUCAGGUAUUGGAGUAGUCAGGGUUCGAAUCCCUGCAGCAAGUCUAAAUUUUUUCAGGCUAAUUUCUUUUCACCAGAGCAUAAGUUGCAUCUUAAACUGUGAUGAUCCUCUUUGCAUUUAUUUGUAACUUAAUCAUACUGCUUAAAGCAUUUGACCCAAGUUUCAACUCAACAAUUGCUAUGUUGUUCUUUUUAUCUCUUCUUUUUAGCAUCUCAUGCUCCUCCCAAACCAGUUGUACAGGUGCUUGGCCGGCAUGAACUGUUGAUCAGUUGGGAGAGUCCUCCCAAACCACUUGGCAGAAUUAACAGUUUUGAAGUCAGGGUUGAUGGCAUGGUAUGACAUUUUUCUUAGUCUUGUGUAGCUGAGAGUAGUCUGUAGUCUUUCAAGUUAGUUAAAGUCUUAACACGGUGACGAACUAGUGUACUGGUAUUUUCAUUUCUUGUUGUAGAGUUCACAAAAAAACUUCUGCCUUGGAAUAAGAAUUAAGAUGAGCUCUUUGAUAGUGUUUAAUGAUUAUAUCUUAUUUUAAAUUAUUGAGCAGCUUUUGUGUGUGAAAAUCGUUGGUGCAAAGCUACAAGUUUUCAUCUGCAAAUGGUUACUGCUUUGCAGAGGGAGCUGACUAGCCAUUACCACCAUCAUUCCUACCAUUAUUUUUGUCGACAGGUUAAUUUUUUAUGUUGCAGGUGAUUUACAAUGGAGUAGAAAAAUCCUGCACUGCUAAAUCCCUCAAGCCCAAUACAGAGUACACAAUCACAGUAAGUUGAUUUAGGACUAUCCAUGGGGAGUUCAUUUUGCUAUGCCUACAAGACAGAUUCAUUUUAUUGAAUGAAUGAAUGAAUGAAAUGCUGUGGAUGAGAGGACAACAGACUGGCUCUCUUUACAUUUACAGUGAAUUCCCUUCAUAGUGGACACAGGGUGCAAAGAAAGUCAUUUUUACAGCUUGCCAUUCAGGCAAGCUGAAGCUAACAUUUACUAGCCCAAAAAACAUUUUGAUGAGCAGAUUGAUUCACAGUUCUUCUGUAAUUUGAAUUCCUCAAAAAGAUUCACUUGCCCAUCGGGCAAGUUAAUAACAGAAUUCACUAGCCCGAUAGCAAAAUCCACUAGCCCUGGGCUAUCAGACACUACUUUCUGCUGGGACACCGUAUGAGUUAGUGUCAUUAUUAGCGAGAGUCCAUAAUAGCGGGAGUUCAUUUCAGUCAAAAAUCUGUGAUUUGUUUUUGUGUGGGAUUUGGCUGCUGUCUGUAUUAUCAGGGUGUCUGUAAUAACAGGUCGUCUGCAACGCAAGAGUUGACUAUAUAUUGAUAUGUUAACAGUAAGCUCGGAUGUCAGCAUCAAAGGGCGCCACUAGCAGCCGCUAUCAGUCCCUUUAUCAUGAGUUCCUUGUGAUAUUUAUGUGGAAGGGGGAUUAUGAUGACCAAUCAGAUUAUACUACACAUGACACUGCUUCAACUUAAACUUGCCAUUGUCAUUCAUAAGCUUAAUCUUUAGCUGCAGGUUUGAGACAAUUUAAUUUUUCUUUUCUCCCAGCCUCUGGGUUGUUGGAUUUUGCCCUUCAUUAACACCAAAACUGAAUAACUCAUUAUGUAAGGUCAAGCUGAGAUGUCUUCUUGUUAUACAUUGUAGGUCAGUGCAUGGUGUAGUGAAGGGCGAUGUGAAAGUGUCCCAGCCAAGAAGAGAACAGCCAGAGAAGUAUACAGUAAGAGAUCGCUGUGUUUGUUUGAAAUAGAGCACAGUCUCUUGGUGCUGAAUUUUAGUUGCUACUAUUAUGCAAAAUGUUCUUAUAAUUAAAAUAGGUAAACAUUAUUUUUGUCAUACACUCACACCACAAUCAUUUAGUGCAGCUCACAAACACUUCACCAACUAAUACACUUCUUUAUAAUGCUUCUUUGUACAACUAAGAACGAAUUUGGAUACAUUCUCAAAUGUGCCUAUCUCCAUGCCAGGCCAUUUUGCUUUUUGCUGUUUGCCAUGAAUACGACUAAACUCUCUAACCCUAACGUGAGAAAAAGUUUGGACUGAGAUGGCCGUAUUAGAAAAUGCUUUUUAAUGGAAUAUUGGCUGUACUGUAUUGUGAAUAUGAAAUGUAGAGAGGCCAUCUCUCCUUAACUGUUGCCUCUCUAGUAUAUUGAUAUGCAUAUUCACGUCUCUAUACUCGAUAUUUUUGUAAUGAGAAGAAUUUGUCUUAAGAAAUCGUCAGCAUUAAUGUUCAUCCCUCCAAGUGAAAGUUUUUGCUUGGUCGCCAUUUGGUGACCAACUCUUUAGGUUUAGGGAGACUUUUUUACAAAUCAAGUCGCCAGCUUCAAAAUUGUAGGCGCCAUGGCAACUAAAAGGGUCGCAACUUGGAGGGUUGAUGUUUCUUGCAAAAACUGUGACUUUGUACGAUGGAACCUCAAUAGUAGGGUUGAAAGCCAUCUAUUUCGUGGUUAGGCUAUGACCUCUUACUCUUACUUUUGCUUCUGUGCUGCUAGAGGAGUAUAUAAGGGGUUCUCUUAAUUUAUUAAAGAAAAGGAGUGAAUUCCUAUGUUAACUGUGCCUGUAUUGUAUAAUGACCGUCACAUGCAAAGAAUAUGGAUUUUGUACCCUAUAACAACUGUUGUGAAAUAAGCUAAAUAACUCAAUAACAUAUAUAAUAUGUCAACUCAUGUUUGCUUUUUCACAUUGUUUAUUGAUUGAUUGAUAGGCUGAUUGCUGGUGUAACAAUAUCAAUUAAUUUUCUAACAUUAAAGGAGCUUGCAAAUGUGUGCAUAAUCAGUUGAUGGAAUAGAAAUGACAGGUAUUAAGUAAUCAAUUAAUAUAAUUUUAAUCUGACUUAUAAAAAUAUUGAUUUCCGUAGUUAUACUUAAGGCUUACCAAGUCAACUGAUUUACUUUUGUCUAUUGUAUAGACAUUUAACCAUAUAUCUUUUGUUUUAAUAUAGCUUAGUCAACAUUUUUCUUGGUAAUGUACAAAUAACUUCUGCAACAUAUAUAUGAAGAUCAUAUUUGUGUGUGUGUGUUGAACAGGUGCUUGCCUUGUCUCAAUUGUAGUAAAUGCACUGCCUCAUUUGUGAAUGGUUUUCUCUCUUUAUGGAUAUGAAUGAAUGAUUAACUGAGUGAUUCUCUAAUAACCCUGUAUUUCUCGUAUCCAUAAUCUUCAGCUGUUUUAUGUCUUUAUCUCCUGCACGACAACAUGAACUCAGCAAUGUUCAACUUCCUUCCAUAAAUUUUGUUGCUCAUUGUGAAACAGACAACUGAAAUGAAAAGUCACACCCACUAAUGAUUGAUUGACAGAUAACUUCUUUUGCUCAAAGACAAGUAAAUUUUCCUUACUGCUUACAGUUGAUAAACUGAGAAUGCAAAGUAAAACUCAGUAUGUUAGUUGCCUUGGGUACAAACCUUUGUGCCAGUCAAAGGGCCCUUAAAGCCAACUCGUGAAAUGAUCCCAUGUGGGAACAUUGUAAACACCAUCUGGUUUUUUGAAAAAUCAUUCAAAAAAUAUUGGCAUGAACAUUAAAUAUUUUUGUCCAGUUUUUUAAAAAUAGUGACGACAUCCAAAAAAUAUUGCCUGAUGAAACAGACAAAUGAGAAUGAAAGAAAUGAUCAGCAAAGACAAAUGUUGUUUUAGAACAAAUUCUCAUAAGAAAUAAGAAUAGUGUGGAGAAGGGUUGAUGGUGGGGCUUGUCAUGUUAUUUUUGCUACCAUUUUAAAAAGUUGAAGCUUGUCGUCACGUCAAGUGAAUUCCAAAAGUUGAUAUUGGUUCAGAUAUGGUUUGUAAGACUAUACUGAGACAUUGAAACUGUGUCCUGUCGUGUCAAAGAUGGAUUGGACAUGGAUUGAAACUUGAAAAAGUUUGGCUAUUGUUUUCUCAAAUUACUGUAGUUAACCCUUUACCUGGUCCCAAGAGUGUCCAACAUCAUUUUUCUCCUAACAACAUCAGACCUGUCUGCUGCAAAGUCUCUUAUUUUCAAUUAGUCAAUUGAUUACCAAAGGAAGAAUGGCACAUCCAAAGCAAAAGGUCAUCUCAACUAUUCUUAAAAGAAAUGCAUGGAGAUCAGUCUGGAGAAUUUGUAUGUGGAUCUUGGGGCUUAAACGGUUAAGAACAUUUGAUAAAAAAUCAAAGCAUUUUCUCUUUGGUGAUCAUUUCACUAAUUCUCAUAACCUUUCAUUUUGAUUGUCUAUUAAUCUUGUUAAGAGAAAUUUGUUGUUGAUCACUCUUCAGUAGGGAUUAAAGGGUUAAGAAUAUGAGGUAGCUUAACACUGUUACACCUGCACCUAUUUUAACAGACCCAUUAUGCACUGCAUCUAAGAGCUCAGCACGGCAGAGAAAUGCACGUUCUUCCGCAACUACAAAGACAUCUGCUUCAGCUUCUUCUUCUACUGCUGUUUCUUCUAAGAAUACCAGUAAAUCGAAAGCUAAAGGUGCUGUUUAUUUAGCUUGCCAAAUAGUAAAUCAAAUGUAAAAACAAAUGUGUAAAGUAAAGUAAAAGUAAAGUCCAACAGCACCGUAAACAAGACGUCAGAUAAAAUAACUUGCAAUUAAGGAGUUAUUUAAAACAUUCUGUAUGGCAAACUUAUAUCUUAUGUCUGGCUUUGCCUAAACACUUACCACUGAGUAUCAUAUACUAUGCCAGUAAGAGUCUUUAAACUAAAGAGAUAUUUUUGUGACAAUUAAGCAAUAAGAUUUAAAGCAAAUAAAUUAAAAGCAAUUAGUAUUUCUAGGUUGAAUUUGUAGAUCCUGAUCUGUUUUAUUUAUUCGAAAAAGGGUUAAGCCUUUUUUCAUCUUAUCCUCGAAUUAGGUUGUCUUCAUUUAUUCCUUUUUAUCAUUCCUUCUUUUUUUUUCAUACUUGGACUUGGAUAGAAAUACUAGUCUAGAACUUUUCUCAAGAAAUGAGCUUUUAAAAGUAAUGGGAUAGUAACUCCUUCUGGGUCAACAGACCAUGGUAUUUGCUCUAUUUAUUGGAUGAUUUUGUUUCCUUGUAGCUCCCACCAGAAAGCCAUUAUAUCCAUAUGAAACGAAAACCCUACCUGUUAAUAAACAAGAAAAAGGUAAGACUAACAAAUCAUUGAGAAUGUUAUAACAAGUGUGAAAGUUGUAUAAUAAGUUCAAGUUGUAUAACAAGUUCAAUUAUUGAAGUCCUUUCAGCAGAGGCCCUUCGAUCUUCCUAGAUAAGUAGGAAGAACAAUGGGCCUUGAUAAAGCCAAAUGUUGAUAGAAUCUAGCCACACAAAAACACUGAACUGAAUAAUGACCCUACUAUACCACUGGGAGGCGGUUAAUCUGAGGACUGCGCCACUGUGGCAUUGAGCUAUAGAGAACUUAAGUGUGACGACAUAAAAAUGAAAUUUCUGAAAUCAUGGGAUUUGCCAGGAUAUUCUGAAAGAACAAUGUCCAAGACGCCUACUUGCCAAAAAGGGGCAUUUCGGGGCCAAUUUUCUCUGAGAUCGUAGCCCAGUUAUGCUUAGAAAAUUCCAUACAAACCCUUCUAAAUUUUUUUGGGUUGACCCCCCCCAAAAAAUUAGAAGCGUUUGUAUUGUUUUCUGUUAACCGGCUAACAUCUCAGAGACAAUUUGCCCCGAAAUGCUCAUUUUUGGCAAGUAGGCCUCUUGGACAUUGUUCUUUCAGAAUAUCCUGACAAAUCCCAUAAUUUCGGAAACUUAAUUUUUAUGACGUCAUCACUUUAGUACUCUAUUAGUGAUACCAGAAAUCAUAACUUAAAUAGAUGUGUAAACUUUUGAACGAUCAUAUUGCAUGGAACCCUUAUGCACCUAGAUAAGCUAAGCAAGUCCAAUAUGAAUACGUGAACAUUUUUUGUAAGGAGUGUAAGUUGAAUACACUGUGCGCAAACUAUUUUAUACCAGGCAAAUAUUCUUACUUUCUGGUUUUUAGUUCUAAGAAGAGCUAAGACUGCUGAUGUUUUGAGAGUCCCAUCAAGAGAUAGCUCACAGCAGGAAAGAGGGAUCAAGGGCAAAAGAAAUGGGGUGAUUAUCUCUUCGGUUUUGCUGUUCUUUGUAUUUUUUAAAUCAGUUUCCACGGUAAAUGUUGUUGUUACCUUCCCUUUGGUUUUUUCGUCUGUAAAUCAAUCAGUUCAUUGUAAGCAUUUGUUAAAACCAGUAUGUUUCAUUCAGACAGCAUUUUUAAACUUACUUUACCAUGGUAUUGAGCUAUUUAUCUCCGAUGCUUGAGAAUGUUUGUUUUUCUUGUUUUCAAGAAAACUGUUGCAUCCCAUUUCAGUGAUGGCUUCUCGUCAGACAGUGGAUUCUCAAUGAGGUUCAUAGUUACAGAAAAUCCCAUUAAUAAACGUGUUCCAUUCAUGAAAACAGCAAUCAGAUGUCGAAUUUUGCUGAAUUUGUUACAGGUAACACCAGACAACAACAGCCGUCCCUUCACCACGUUUGGCAGUUCAAGGGAGGGGUUAGUGAAUGGAUCCCCGCAGUCUGACAAGAAAUCUGCAGGUAAAAUGUUCUUUUAUCAAUUAUACUAUAUAGCUUGCAUGCAGAAAUCUACUUCUUUUGUUGCAAGCAUGCGACAAGCGAAAUGAGAGAUGUCUGCACGCAGGCCAAUAUUACAUGGGAUCUAAAUGUAUGACCUGUAACAGUUGACGUUUAAGGAGCUGUGUCAUUAUCUUUUGGUAUUACUUUAGAAAUUCCCUGCUAGCAGAGGUCUCUCACGACGAGGCAAAAUUUGCGAAAUUGUGGAGUUCUCGGCAUCGUUUCACACCGCGAAGAAUUCUCCACAACAUACCCGCGCCUUCAGCUGAAGUUUCGCGCGCAAACCGGUUCUGUGGGUUGUGUCGCACGUGAGUAAAACGUCACUGGUUGUUAAGGAAACGCCAGCGCAUGCGUGAUAGGAAACGCGUCGGAAGCCGGCAGAGGUCUCUCUCCUUUCUCUCAUUUUUGCCUCGUCGUGAGAGACCUCUGCUAGCAGGGAACUUUAGAAACCGAAAAACACACUUAUUGGAAUAAGACGAACAAGAAAUGAAAUGAUGGUUAAGUCUUAUUUUAAAUUACUCUCUUCUCUUUCUCAACUGGAAGUUUUUGCUUUGGCUGUUGAUGGCCAGAAGGGAAACGGAUUGCAAGUGGCUGUUGAUGGCCAGAAGGGAAACGGAUUGCAACUUAAGAAAAUUGUGCCAGCUUUUACAACGUAAACUCCUGAGUUGUUAAAAAUGACCAAAAACUGAUCAUACUUUGUUUUCCUCUUGAUAUAAUCAUUUGAUAUUUUUCUUGUACAGUUCCAAGUAUGACAAAAAAAAAGUCAAUGAGAAUACUUAGCAGGGCUCGGAAAGUCCCGUUCGGUCGUCUGGGACAAGUAGAUUUUGUUGCUGGGCAGGUAAAUUUUUAAAUUCACUUGCUCAAUGGGCAAGGGUCUAAGUAAGGUACCUUCUAACAAGAUCAUAAACUAAGACGAGCAAGAAGUGGUCCUGGGCUGGCAAAAUGUGAGAGCUGCUUGCCCAAAGGACAUGCUGGAAUUUCAGUUUUUUUCGAGCUCUGCUUGGGUGAAAUCUUGGUUCAGCUUUGACAAAAAAAAUGUAGAACUCACCAUAACAUAACCUUAAGUCCUAGUGAUCUAUGCUUGGUGACUUUUUACUUCCAUUCAACAAAAACAGAUACAAAAACAAUGCAAUGCAUGAAUCUUCUAGAAAACAUGGCAAGCGCUGGAAUCUGCUUGCCAACAAAUCAGUUCUGAUUGGUUGAAAGUGAGAGCUUUUUGCCAGGCUCUAAGCAUUUAUUCGGCACUCAAGCGAAAGCUAGUUUUGAGGGCUCCGCGGAAACAUUUAUUUCACACAAUGAUGUUAUGCUUGGUCUUUAUAGGGCGAAAAUCAAAAUCCCAGGUUCCCAGUGUGUCGCGGUCGCUAGAGUCUCUGGAAAAAGAAAAUGAUGAUUCCAAGGUAAGUGAGCAGGCGCACUGUAUUUUGAGGGGGAGGGGGGGAGGGGAUCGGAAGGUGGGAUCACAAGCACAAGAUCAUGGACAGGUCAUAUAAGACCAAAUAAGGUACAGUGUGUCAAGUAUUUUUGCAACGUGUUUUAAGCUUUUGGUGGUGUAUACAAAAUCCACUACUGACUAUUUUGUGGUUGCAUUGAAAAGUCUAAUAGUAUUGCCAUUAGAAUGUGCUUUAAAAAAAUGUUUAAACUGUUUAGUUAUACUAAGCUUUUUUUAUUCAGGAACGCGUUGGCUUAAGUGAGUCCAGUUCAUUUUCAUCAGUUGACUGUGAAGUAAAGGAGAGACGAGCUGUUAGUGAUAGUGUACACUUGGACGUCAGUAGAAAACUCACCAAAUACAACUCUCAAUCAACUAGUAGCGCAUCUUCACCAGCUAAGGACAAGUCUCGAAAAAGUGAGUGAUACUGUAAAAUCACCAGUCUCCAGGCAUACAUCUUAUUUGCUAGAAAGAGCGCCGCUGCGCUUAUAAAAUUUUAGACUUGCCGCUACGAUAGCAGAGUAAUCAUUGCGCCGGAUCGGUAAUCCUCCAGUGGUUCAGCUUGAGCCUCCCACCUUACUGGAUUUGAUUGUCAGUAAUCCCAAGUUCAGCUCCUUGGCCUUGGAUAUAGAUAGCCAACCGGUUGCCUCCUUCCGGUUCUGGUUUUUACAUAUCAUUGAUACCUGUCGUUCACUCCUUCUCAGUUUCAGCGGGGUUUUAAAGCUGAAUAUUAUCGCUCUAUAGUACUUCAAAGCGCAACAGUUCAAGUCCUCGUUAGGCGCCGGCACAGGUAACAAAGUUUCUUCUUGCGAUUUGUAAGGUUAUCGGCUUUCAGUCCCGCCGCUUACUCCAUACUCCAAGAUUCCCAUAUGAAAGUGACUGUUAAGUUUUUUUGUCUUUCACUUCAAUACGUAAGAAGUAUGUUUAGAAGUACAUUGGAGACAUUUGCCAUUAAUUUGUUAACAUAGGUUUAUCAGUGGCGAGGAGGUCAAGUCUUCCGAGUAGCGGAGUCCCUCAACGUUCCUCUAAGUCUGCUUCCUCUCAGCUAUCAAGUGGAAAGGAUAAUCGUGACGUCAAACGAAGGUACUCUUAUGUUGCGUGGUUGCUUAAGAAGAGGCGGGACUUGCGACCGAUGUGAAGUGUUGAGAGGCCAGGGAGGGGAGGAAGGGGCGUGGUAACACUGAGUAAAGGUGGUUCCUUGGGGAAGGGGUCACGGAACAAGGAUUAGAGGGCUUUCAAUAAACUGAAACAGGGAAAGCACGGAAAAUGGUAGCACUGAGGGAGGGGAGUAGAAGAGAGCAGUAGGGAGAGGAAGGUAAGUGUAAGAACGUCGAGAAAUAGUAUUUAAUUUGUGCGUUACAGUAGAAAAAGCGCCAAGAGUUCCCCUCAGGAUCCACUUUGAAUAGUUUUAAUUGCUCUUGCCUUCUGUUUUUGUUUUCGUUUAUUAGUGGAUUUUCGUCAAGCCAGAAACUUACUAGAGUGACCAAUGGGGCUUCUUCACUUCAAGUUACUCAUGGACACGAUGAGUAAGUGUAUCUGCAGUUUACUCAACAUAUUGUAGUGAUACAGGUAACGCGUAGGACCGUCCGUUAAUACGUCCCCCAAUCAGGCUUUGCAUAAGGAAAUACAACAUGAAGACUUAUAAAAAAGAGUUUUAAUCUGAAUGUAGAUGCCAUUGUCUGUUGCAGUCUAAAUCAUUGUAGCUAAUGUCUGAUUGUCUGUUUAGAAUGGUUUAUUUUGGUGGUCAAACAAAACUUGAGUCAUGCCCAGAUUAGGUUCCUAUAGGGGCUUGAAUCCAAUUUUCCGACGAACCAACCCAUCCUUUUCACAUGACCCCAACCCUUCCCCCCAAGAGUACCAAGGUUGAACUUGGUUCCACUAAAGAUCAAAUUUGAGCUUAGAUCUUAUGCAGCCAAAACGGUCUCCUUUUGCUACUUAGAUACCAAAAUCUGCAAUAAGUGUCAGCCUGUUAGGGGUAGCAUUUUGCCACGGUAGCUGACAUGAAAUAUCUGUUUUUGUUAGAAAACCACCGAAGCCACCAAAGAAAACACAGUUUGCUGCUUCAUUUGAUGAAUUGAAGCAGAUGCACAGGGAAACCAUCUCUAAAAAGGAAAAAUCUGCUACAGCACAGGCAGCCCGCGAUGGGAGGGGAUACAGAACUUAGCCAUAACUUAGCUGAAGUUAGACUUAGCACAGGAUAAUAGGGAACAGAGCGGGGAUAAUUUGUCUUUAGGGUGGGGUGGGUGGAUUGUGAAUUGGAAACUUGGCAUAAAUAAUCAGAACUUUUUUGUAAAGUUUCUGCGAUUUGAUGGUAUCAGUUAUUUAUGGGUAAAUUUUUUUUUCAAGUGCUUUCUGCCAGAUCUAAGACUUAUGGUCUGUAUUUAAGGUAAAUAAGAAUUUAUCAGCUUUUCAUGUAUUUAUAUUAUCAAAUAUCAAAUGCAAUUUGACCAUCUAAUGCAUUAGACUGUAUAGAGAGAUUUGACAGUUUUAUGAGAUAAAAUUUGAGAGUUUUUAGUUUUGUACAACGUUAUUGAGAGAUUACUAAAUUUUGCUGAAUGAUUGUAGUAUUUUAUAGUGAUGGGAUUAUAAAAAAAUAUUGUAAAGAAAUCGAGUGAUUUUUACUUAAAAGAUUUAUUUUCAUCGGUUAACCGAAUUAACGCGAGUGUACUAUAAUAAACGAAUCAUGUGGAAGGAGAGUUGAUGCGUGUCGUAAUACAUUCGAAGAAGCUUUAAAAGUUGUUAAAGACAAGCUCGAAAUAAGACCAAUUUAUACGAGCGAGCUUUCUUUCUGAGAGGAGCUUGCUCGUAUAAAUGAUGGUAAUAAGACUGAGUGGAGUCUAGUUGUUUGUAAUCCAACCAGUGAUUAAACAAUACAAAAUCACGUCGGAGUCAAAAGUGGUUAAAGUGUUUAUCACGGUAUGAUUAAAGAGCGAACUAAAAGAUACGAAGUUCUGUUGCCAUAAAAUUCAUCGUAGAAUGGAGAAAGGUUAGGUUUUAAGAGUAUCUAGUCCUUGUAAACUAAUUGGGGACGGAAAAAAAUCACGGGUAAAAAUUUGUGACAGAUUCAGUUUUUGUUUUAUGAAAACACAUGAUUUAUCGCGAGUUUUAACUAGACAUGAAAAAUGAGAUUUAUUUCAAAUGCUUUUAUGUUAAAUGUGACUAAUCAAUGUUGUACUUCUCCAGCUACCGGCAAAGGAGGGUUUUGUCACGAAAGUGUUAUUCAUGUCACUCGCCCAAUGGCGCUGUCUUAAGAUAAUACUGAAAUUAGG